AUUUAAAAAUAUAUAAUAAUAGUAAUAUCCCUCCCACUUCUAAAACCAAAGUUGCGCCCCUGCUUGAAAGAAAUUGGACACCAAAGAGUACAUUCUAACCCUUUCUUAGAACUCCCCUUUACAUUGUUUCCCGAUCGAAAUGUAGGACCAGAGUCAGAUCACACCCGCUCGUUUUAAUCUUAAAUGGAUAUUGCAUGUAAUGUCAAACUUUACAGGAACCCGAAACAACGCUAAUUAAACGGGAUAUGCACGGAGGGCUCAACUGGUGGCGCAUUGGAUGUAGGAAGCGGUCGUAUUUCCCCCCCUGCUGCAGAAGGUAGAGGUUACAAAUCUGUGGGAACGUGUCAGAGGAAAGAGGGGGCGGAGGAAAGGGAAGGGGUACGGGAGAAAGGCAGGCAGGCAGGGUGUUUCCUUAACUUCAAGGAAGAGUUUAAACAAGUUAAUAGCUUAUUGUGGGCUAUUAAAACGAUACACCACUGGGAAACCGUACGUUAUCAAAUUUUAAAAGACACAAACAAGAGAAGGAGACCGCGAUGUUGGGAAUAGGAAAACUGCACCACGGUCUGGAAUAGGGUGAAGGAUGGAGGGAGAGACAGCGGAGGAGAAGGAGAGUGAUGAGACACAGCCGUUUGCUGGGGAAGGGGCGGGGCGACUUCAUCAGAAUGGAGAGUCCUCCGAGGACGACCAGGACCUACCCAUCAUGCACUGGGAAGACCUGAGCCUGAGGAUCGCUGAACUGGAGAAACAGGAGGAGGAGAGGAGAGAAAGGGCAAAGAGUACGAGUGGGUCGGAACAGGGGAGUGUGUCAGGGGGCUGGUCGGAAGAGAGGCAGGGUGGGCUGUGGAGGAAAGAUGAAUGGGAGGAUGAGGAGGACUACGGAAGAUGUCGAGUCACGGUCGUCUCGUCUAGAUUCCACAACCAAAAAAAUCUACAGUUAUGCUACAUCAACAACAGUGAGAGUGAGGAUGAGGAGGGGGCUGUCAAAGAGGGUUCUAUAGGACCAGGUAGCUAUGGUUACCACCCCUCUGGCCUGAAGUUGGAAGUGAGGGCCGCACUGUGUGCGCUCAAAAACAAGCUGUUAGCUGAACAGAAAGAGGAGCACCUUGCUUGCAGUAGUGUGAUCACUAAGAGGAAGCAUCUGGAACACUGUGACCUACAGACCUGCUCAAUACAGCAGCUCAACUCCCUCAGGACCUCACUCAACCACGAUAUACACGACCUGAGCUCAGAGUUGGUGGGUCACCUGUUGAUAAGGGACCAGCUGAGAACCAAACAGGACGCCAUGCUCCUGGACGUACAGGAUCUGACAUAACCCUCACCCACAGGUGCACAGGACAGGAAGUUGUUGUGCUCAACAGUGGAUAAAGUGAUGCUGUCCAAGAUAUGCCACUAUGAGACUGUCAGAAGUGUUGCCAUAAUACCCUACUUAACAUAUGAUUCAUCGAUUAAAAAGGAGAAAUGUUGAUGAUGAACACUAAUGAGCGCCAUCUUGGACCGGCGUCAUAAUGCAAUCCACAUUACACAGGCAGGGUACGGAUGCUCAGCUAUGAAAAGCCAACUGACAUUUACUCCUGAGGUACUGACCUGUUGCACCCUCUACAACCACUGUGAUUAUUAUUUUACCCUGCUGGUCAUCAAUG